UCAGCAUCUGAGCCUCUAGGAGAGGGAAGUUGUUCUACCGUGAGGUUCUUCCUGCGACGAGGUAGGUUUGCAACGCUGUUAGCUCCAGAGGCGGAGCCGGAAACGCUACGGUUUGAUCCCCCCAAGCCUCUGCUUUUUAAGGGGCGGCCCUCUCCCCCCAUCUUCUCCACUUCCUCUUUUCCCCCGUUCCCGGAGGCGAAAGCCCCUAGUUAGGGUGGGGCGGCGCCGCGAAAACUCCCGGACCCGGAAGAAGCGCCAUCGCCCACCUCCGCCAUGGAACCCACCGCGCCGUCCCUCACAGAAGAGGACCUGACUGAAGUGAAGAAGGACGCUUUAGAAAAUUUGCGUGUUUACCUUUGUGAGAAAAUCAUAGCUGAGAGACAUUUUGAUCAUCUGCGUGCAAAAAAAAUACUCAGUAGAGAAGAUACUGAAGAAAUUUCUUGCCGAACAUCAAGUAGAAAAAGGGCUGGAAAACUGUUAGACUACUUACAAGAAAACCCAAAAGGACUUGACACUCUUGUUGAAUCUAUUCGGCGAGAAAAAACACAGAACUUCUUGAUACAGAAGAUUACAGAUGAAGUGCUAAAACUUAGAAAUAUAAAACUAGAACAUCUGAAAGGACUGAAAUGUAGCAGCUGUGAACCUUUCCCAGAUGGAGCCAUGAACAACCUUUCUAGAUCUAAUUCAGAUGAAAGUAAUUCCUCUGAAAAACUGAGAGCAUCCACUGUCAUGUACCACCCAGAAGGAGAAUCCAGCACAGCUCCCUUCUUUUCUACUGAUUCUUCUUUGAAUUUACCUGUCCUGGAAGUAGGCAGAACUGAAAAUACCAUCUUCUCUUCAACUACGUUUCCUAGACCUGGGGACCCUGGGGCUCCUCCUUUGCCACCGGAGUUGCAGUUAGAUGGAGGAACUUGUGGAAGCUCUAGUGAGAUGUUUCUUCCCUUAAGAUCACGUGCUGUUUCACCACAAUGACGUUUUACUGCCUUUUACUUUUUUUAAUAGUGACAAAAAAAUGUUUUAAAGGAUAUGAUCUUUUUAUAAAAUCACUAUAAUGAUUUGCUUCCAUUUGAUAAAUGUCUUUUAAAACAUAAUGUAAGCAUACUUUGUAAAUAGAAUUUUUUAGAAUAAAAGAAGCAUACUUUUGGAAUAGCUGAAUAUAAACCAUGUUGAUUAUGUACUUUUCAGUAUUUUUAAAUUUUUUAGGUGGUUUAGUGCUUUGAAGUUUUUCAUGUUGUAAAACUAAUUUUAAUAGGGAACAUUUCUCUCUUUGGUAAUAGACUGGGAAUAGUGUUUCUCAGUGCAUUUGUACAAGAAAUUUUCAGAGUCUAAAAAAAAGUCUUUUUCCACCCAUUUAGCAGUAAAUUUUUAGCAUUAAGCAAUUUCUGUUUGGCAGGAAACCAACUACUGAUGGAAAAACUGCCAGUUUACUGAAAAGAAUCUCUUUCCCACUCAGUUGGUCUUCCAGGAUCUUUUUCUCAUUUUGGAAGAACACAUGGAGUUUGAGCCACCUAUGAUGUGUUUGCCAAAAUUCUUACCAACCUGACUAAUUGAUACUACUUUUUUUAGAUUUUUACAGUCUUUGCUUUAUAAUUUUUAUUCCACCCAAAAAUAUCUUGGUAUGAAUCUCAGUUAUUACAUGUAAUUCGAUGAGAUUUUUAAAAAUAAUUUCUCUGUACUUUUCAUUCUCUUAAUGAGUACCACUGUACAGUUGAAAUAGCUCGAACAAAUUGGUUUUGAGAUGUAUGUGUGACAAUUCUGUCUUUAAUACUAUUUGAAACAAGCAGGUCAUUAGCCAGAUUUAAUUUUUUGUUGUAUAACAAAAUUCAAGUAAUUUUAUACAUUUAUAAAUCUUAUGUUCUCAUUGUCUUCAUUUAAAUUAUAAUUCUACCAGUUUCCUGACAUUCAUCUCUUGUAUAUUCCAUUAUUUAAAAAACUAGAAGUGGAAAUUUGCUAUUAACAAUAAAAGUUUU